AUGUUUACGCUGUACGUCGUCCUGGAGGACUUCAGGGAGGAAGACACAGACUUUAAGGCCCUUGCCUCUUAUUACGAACAUCACUACCGGGUCCACUUCGGCAAGAACGUCGUCCUAGAGGACUUUCUUCUUCUCUAUUACAUCGACCCGAGGACGACGCACAGAGACAACAUUUACGAGUACUGGGUGAUGAUCGAUUAUCUGGAAGUGCUCGAGAGGGAGUGUGUCGCCCUCUACAGUGAGGAGUUGCUGCCUCCUGAAGCAUCAUCGGAACAGUGGAGAUGGGGGCAGCAUUUCGAGUAUCUGCGGCUGCAGAAUACUAUCCAAUGGCACCUUCACCAGCUUGCCAUGACGCUCUGGGAGAGGGAGCAGAAGCUGCAGGAGGCUGCUGGUGAGGAACAAAAGGCAAGUCCUGCAGCUGAGGGAGAGGAGGAAGGAGCUCCUGCAGCAGAGGAGGAGAAGGAAGAGGGAGCUCCUGGAGUACAACAAGCUCCUGCAGCAGAGGAGGAAGAGCAGAGAGAAGAGGGAGCUCCUGGAGAACAAGCUCCUGCUGCGGAGGAGAGAGAGGACAGAGCAACUGGAGAAGAACAAGCUCCUACGGAGGAGGAGGAGAGAGAAGAGGGAGACCCUUGGGAACAACAGGCUCCUGCACCGGAGGAGGAGAAAGAAGAGGAAGCAGCUAAAGAACAAGCUCCUGAGGUGGAAGUGACCAUCGAAGAUCCUCCGGUGGUAGAAAGGCCGACCCUCCGAAAACGGGUCAAGAAGGCCAUAAUGAAGAGGCUUCGCAGGGUUUGGGUAAUGUAUCAAUUUACUGACAAUUACCCUUCUUCUAGAGAUACCUCAUGUUGUCCAAUGCAGCUCCACUUUACUUCCUGCUCUUCUGAGCAUUUUCAAUCAGAACAAUAGAAAGGAAGUCAUACACCCUGUCUGUUGAGCCCGCAGGC